AUGGCGGACUCCUCAGGACGCGUACCUGGGAAGUCUGCUGCGGCUGCUUCCGCCGCCCCUGGUGGCACCAAGGCAAAAGGGAAGAGAGUACAAGGAGGAAGAGUGGUCAAGUCCCGAUACCUGCAGUAUGAGAAGAAAACCAGAAAGGAUCCUGCUGCAGAUGCAGCAAAAGCCCGCGGGAAGGCGCCUGAAGGGGGAAGGAAAGGCAGCACGCUCCAGAAGAGCAGAGUGGACAACAGCAGCAUCACUCAGGGGAACCUGCAGUCCACCGUGUUGGAAGGGCAUGGCACAGCCCCGCCUGACCUGGACCUGGACCUCUCUGCCAUUAACGAUGAAAGCAUGUUCAGAAAGACUCCACAACUGGAAAAGACAAUGUCAAAGAAAACCAGGUUGACCACACUUAGUGCCCCGCAGAGAAAGAGCCCAGAAGUUGUGGAGGUGAUAGACAUGAUGGAGUCCGAGACGUUGCUGCUGAGCCUGCUGACUGUGAAGAUGGAGAAUAGCCUGGCCGCGCUGGAGGACAAGGCGGAGAGGAAGCUGUGGACCAUGUGCAGGGAGCGCGAGCGGCUGCAGAGGCAGGCGGAUGAGCUGCGGCGCAGCCUGGCCCUGUGCGAGAGGAAGCGGGAGCUGGCGGCCAUCCUCGACACUCAGAUAGAGCUACUCAGCCCCUUCACGGCGGUGUCCAGACGCUUCCAGCAGCAGUACAAGGCCUUAGCCACAGCCCUGGACAGUACGAGGCACGAGCUACCCAUACAGUCCAUCCACCUGGAGAGAGACGGGCAGCAGCUCUUAGAUGCCCUGCAGCCUGAGCUGACGACCACCUGCCGGCUGCUGAGAGAACUUGGCUUUGACAGCUCGGAAGCAAACGGGCAGGCACUGGACUUCCUGAGCGAGCUCAGGGACAUCACAGUGAAGAAGGACCUUCAGCUGCGCAGGAGCUUCGCCCAGGUGAUGGAACUGUCUGCGGAGGCCAGCAAAGAGGCAGCGCUGAUGAACCAGGAGGUGUGGGAAGAGGCCGCGGGCCCGGACACCCCCAGCCAGUGGUACUUCAACCCAGAUGGCGCCGUCCCCUCUGUGGACAGUGAGCCACGUGGCCCGUGAGUCCACGCAGGCCUGAUCUUGAGCCAGCGACACCCCCUUCUCGUGGAUGGGAGGAAGCCCGUUUGUGUCUCUUACUCAGAAGACUUGUAGUGACCGUGUGUGACUGCGGGACCUUGGAGCACUUUCUUUGCAGCUCUGUAGUCGUUUUUGAGUGAUAGCCUUACUUCUUGUUUGAUGUGUAAAAAACAAAACUGUUUUCCAUCACAGCCUUUGUUUCUGUGGAAGGGACACUUGGGUGGUGGUUGUUGCUUCAAAUUCUUCUGUUGUAUCCCUUACGUGAAAUGCUG